CGUUUCUGUUUCCGGAAUGGACGGCGAUGUGGCUCUAAAAUCCUGGAGACGAAAUUGAUCAAAUAAACCACGCAGUAGUUUCCUGCGCCCAUUACUCAGGUCAGCCAUGUUUAGCCGGCUGACCCAAGGGGUGUCCUCUGUCCUCCACGAGCUCUCGGGUGAGGACCGCUUCGAUGGAGACUUCCAGCAGGACGGUCCUGUUCCUCAGCCUCGGCCUGAUGCUGAAGCAUCCCUGGAGGGCACGGAGGGCUCAGAAGAGGUCCUGGAGAGACUGGCCCAGACCGAACAGCUGGUGGUUCAGCUGAAGGAGCUGAUUCGAGAGAAGGACAGCCAGCUCGCCAGCACUGAAAAAAAGCUCAAGGAAGAGAAAGAACAGGCAGAAGUCAAGUUUACAAAGCUUAAACUGCAGGCCAAAGCCAAGACGGCUGCCCUGAACAAACAGCUCAGUGAACUGAAAGGAAAAGAAGCAUUGAACAGCAGUCAGUUGUCUUUGGAGCAGGACGGUCCUGUUCCUCAGCCUCGGCCUGAUGCUGAAGCAUCCCUGGAGGGCACGGAGGGCUCAGAAGAGGUCCUGGAGAGACUGGCCCAGACCGAACAGCUGGUGGUUCAGCUGAAGGAGCUGAUUCGAGAGAAGGACAGCCAGCUCGCCAGCACUGAAAAAAAGCUCAAGGAAGAGAAAGAACAGGCAGAAGUCAAGUUUACAAAGCUUAAACUGCAGGCCAAAGCCAAGACGGCUGCCCUGAACAAACAGCUCAAUGAACUGAAAGGAAAAGAAGCAUUGAACAGCAGUCAGAAUUCAGAGAGCUCCUUCCAAAUGGCCCCAGAAGUGGAAGAGGAACUCCAGCAGCUGAAAGAAAAGCUCAGCCAGGCAGAGUCCACUAACAUGUCCCUCCAACAUCAGCUCUGGGAAGCCGAACAGCGCGUGAGAGAGGAAGGUCAUGCUGAGCAGGUGCGAAUUCUGCAGACUGUGGUGAGGGAAAAAGAUGUGCGAUUUCAAGAACAAAUCCUCAAACAUGAGCAGGAACUCCUUAAUCUCACGCAGGUCUCAAAUGACCUUGACUUACAGCAGGCUCUUCGUGUAUCCCAGCAGCGCAUAGAGGAGCUGGAGGAGUCCUUGCGCUCUCGUUCAGAAGUCCUAGAAAUGUUGCAGCAGGAACUCAACAGUGCAGACCAGCAGAAACAGAUUCUGACUGCUCAGUUCAGGCAGAUGGAAUUGGAGUUGGCAGAAGCCCGGCGACUGAGAGAAGAGGAGAGGCAGCAGUGGGCAAUGCGUGCUGAGGAAGAACUUCAGGCUCUUAGAGCCAGACUAGAAGCUUCAGGGAGUGAGGGAGAACAGACUGUCAAUUCUCUCAACACUGAAUUAAGGAAAAAGACCACAGAGACUGAUGAAAUGAGAGCAAAACUUGAAUCUGCUGGAAGAGAGAAAGAAGAAAUGCUGGAGAAAUUGAAAGAUAAAGAAAAUGCCUUUGAGGCUGAGCUGGCCAAAAUGAAAGCAUGUCUAGAAGCCAGAUUGGAGACAUCGGAGAGUGAGAGAGAGCAGAUCAUCAGUACACUCAACAUCAAUGUCACACAACUUAAUGCUGAAUUGCUGAAAAAGACCACAGAGAUGGAUGAGAUGAGAGCAAAGCUUGAAUCUGGGGAAAGAGAGAAGGAAGAAAUGCUGGAGAAAGUGAGACAGAGAGAGAGUGCCUUUGAGGCAGAGCUGACCAACUUGAAAGUAUCUCUAGAAACUAGAUUAGAAGCUUCGGAAAAGGAAAGAGACCAGAACAUCAGUGCUCUCAAUGCUGAAUUACUGAAAAAGACAGCAGAGGUGGAUGAAAUUAGAGAAAAACUUGAUUCUGGGCAAAGAGAAAAGGAAGAGAUGCUGGAGAAAUUGAAAGAUAAAGAAAAUGCCUUUGAGGCUGAGAUGGCCAAAAUGAAAGCAUGUCUAGAAGCCAGAUUAGAGACAUCAGAGAGUGAGAGAGAGCAGAUCAUCAGUACACUCAACAUCAAUGUCACACAACUUAAUGCUGAAUUGCUGAAAAAGACCACAGAGAUGGAUGAGAUGAGAGCAAAGCUUGAAUCUGGGGAAAGAGAGAAGGAAGAAAUGCUGGAGAAAAUGAAAGAGCGAGAGUCUAGCUUUGAGGCAGAGCUGACCAACUUGAAAGUGUCUCUAGAAACUAGAUUAGAAGCUUCGGAAAAGGAAAGAGACCAGAACAUCAGUGCUCUCAAUGCGGAGUUAGUGAAAAAGACAGCAGAGGUGGAUGAAAUCAGAGCAAAUCUUGAAUCUGGGCAAAGAGAGAAGGAAGAAAUGCUAGAGAAAAUAAAAGAGAGAGAAUGUGCCUUUGAGGCUGAGCUGGCCAAAAUGAAAGCAUGUCUAGAAGCCAGAUUAGAGACAUCAGAGAGUGAGAGAGAGCAGAUCAUCAGUACACUCAACAUCAAUGUCACACAACUUAAUGCUGAAUUGGUAAAAAAGACCACAGAGUUGGAUGAGAUGAGAGCAAAACUUGAAUCUGGGGAAAGAGAGAAGGAAGAAAUGGUGGAGAAAGUGAGACAGAGAGAGAGUGCCUUUGAAGCUGACCUGACCAACUUGAAAGUAUCUCUAGAAACUAGAUUAGAAGCUUCGGAAAAGGAAAGAGACCAGAACAUCAGUGCCCUAAAUGCUGAGUUAGUGAAAAAGACAGCAGAGAUGGAUGAAUUGAGAGCAAAACUUGAAUCUGGGGAAAGAGAGAAGGAAGAAAUGCUGGAGAAAAUGAAAGAGCGGGAGUCUAGCUUUGAAGCUGAGCUGACCAACUUGAAAGUGUCUCUAGAAACUAGAUUGGAAACUUCAGAAAUGGAAAGAGACCAGAACAUCAGUGCUCUCAAUGCUGAGUUAGUGAAAAAGACAGCAGAGACUGAUGAAAUCAGAGCAAAACUUGAAUCUGGGCAAAGAGAAAAGGAAGAGAUGCUGGAGAAAUUGAAAGAUAAAGAAAAUGCCUUUGAGGCUGAGAUGGCCAAAAUGAAAGCAUGUCUAGAAGCCAGAUUGGAGUCAUCGGAGAGUGAGAGAGAGCAGAUCAUCAGUACACUCAACAUCAAUGUCACACAACUUAAUGCUGAAUUACUGAAAAAGACCACAGAGAUGGAUGAGAUGAGAGCAAAGCUUGAAUCUGGGGAAAGAGAGAAGGAAGAAAUGCUGGAGAAAAUGAAAGAGCGAGAGUCUAGCUUUGAGGCAGAGCUGACCAACUUGAAAGUAUCUCUAGAAACUAGAUUGGAAACAUUAGAAAAUGAAAGAAACCAGAACAUCAGUGCUCUCAAUGCGGAGUUAGUGAAAAAGACCACAGAGGUGGAUGAAAUCAGAGCAAAACUUGAAUCUGCUGAAAGAGAGAGGGAAGAAAUGCUAGAGAAAAUAAAAGGGAGAGAAUGUGCCUUUGAGGCUGAGCUGGCCAAAAUGAAAGCAUGUCUAGAAGCCAGAUUGGAGACAUCGGAGAGUGAGAGAGAGCAGAUCAUCAGUACACUCAACAUCAAUGUCACACAACUUAAUGCUGAAUUGCUGAAAAAGACCACAGAGAUGGAUGAGAUGAGAGCAAAGCUUGAAUCUGGGGAAAGAGAGAAGGAAGAAAUGCUGGAGAAAAUGAAAGAGCGAGAGUCUAGCUUUGAGGCAGAGCUGACUAACUUGAAAGUAUCUCUAGAAACUAGAUUGGAAACAUUAGAAAAUGAAAGAAACCAGAACAUCAGUGCUCUCAAUGCUGAGUUACUGAAAAAGACAGCAGAGAUGGGUGAAUUGAGAGCAAAACUUGAAUAUGAAGAAAGAGAGAAGAAUGAAAUGCUGGAGAAAUUGAAAGAUAAAGAAAAUGCUUUUGAGGCUGAGCUGGCCAAAAUGAAAGUAUCUCUAGAAGCCAGAUUGGAAUUCACAGAAAGUGAAAAAGAGCAGACCAUCAGUGCUCUCAAUGCUGAGUUACAGCGAAAGACCACAGAGGUGGAUGAAAUCAGAUCAAAAUUUGAAUCUGGCCAAAGAGAGAAUGAACAAAUACUGGAGAAAUUAAAAGAGAGAGAAUGUGCCUUUGAGGCAGAGCUGACCAAAAUAAAAGAAUCUCUGGAAACUAGAUUGGAAAUGCUAGAAAAUGAAAGCAACCAGAACAUCAGUGCUCUCAAUUCUGAGUUACUGAAAAAGACAGCAGAGACUGAUGAAAUGAGAGCAAAACUUGCAUCUGUUAAAAGAGAGAAAGAAGAAAUGCUGGAGAAAUUGAAAGAUAAAGAAAAUGCCUUUGAGGCUGAGCUGGCCAAAAUGAAAGCAUGUCUAGAAGCCAGAUUGGAGACAUCGGAGAGUGAGAGAGAGCAGAUCAUCAGUACACUCAACAUCAAUGUCACACAACUUAAUGCUGAAUUGGUGAAAAAGGCCACAGAGUUGGAUGAGAUGAGAGCAAGGCUUGAAUCUGGGGAAAGAGAGAAGGAAGAAAUGGUGGAGAAAUUGAGAGAGAGAGAGUUUAGCUUUGAAGCAGAGCUGACCAACUUGAAAGUAUCUCUAGAAACUAGAUUAGAAGCUUCGGAAAAGGAAAGAGACCAGAACAUCAGUGCUCUCAAUGCGGAGUUAGUGAAAAAGACAGCAGAGAUGGAUGAAUUGAGAGCAAAACUUGAAUCUGGGCAAAGAGAGAAGGAAGAAAUGCUGGUGAAAAUAAGAGAGAGCGAGAAUACCUUUGAGUCAGAGCUCACCAACUUGAAAGUAUCUCUAGAAGCCAAAUUGGAAACCACAGAAAGCGAAAAAGAGCAGACCAUCAGUGCCCUCUAUGCGGAGAUACUGAAAAAGGGAGCAGAAGUGGAUGAAAUGAGAUCAAAACUUGAAUCUGAAGAAAGAGAGAAGGAAGAGAUGCUGGAGAAAUUUAAAGAGAGAGAGACUAGCUUUGAUGCAGAGCUGACCAACUUGAAAGCAUCUCUAGAAGCCAGAUUGGAAACCACAGAAAGCGAAAAAGUGCAGACCAUCAGUGCUCUCAAUGCUGAGUUACUAAAAACGGCCAUGGAGUUGGAUGAAAUGAGAGCAAAAAGUCAAUCUGAAGAAAGAGAGAAGAACAAAAUGCUGGAGAAGUUUAAAGAGAGAGAGACUAGCUUUGCGGAAGAGCUGACCAACCUGAAAGUAUCUCUAGAAGCUAGAAUGGAAACCACAGAAAGCGAAAAAGAGCAGACCAUCAGUGCUCUCAAUGCAGAGUUACUGAAAAAGACCACAGAGUUUGAUGAGUUAAGAGAAAAACUUUCAGAUGAGAAGAGAGAAAUUCUGGAGAUGUUACAAGAGAGACAAAUAAGGUUUGAGACCGAGCUGGCCAACUUGCAAGCAUGUCUGGAAGUCGCUGAGAGCCAGAAAGAGGAAAUGACAAAGAAGCUAGAGGUGGAGGUGGCAAGUCGCAUGGAAGAGCUUCAUCAUCUUCAGGAGAAGCUCAAUGAAGUGGAGAGAGCAAGGGAAGAAGAAUCUAAGAAUGAAAGAAAUCGCUUAGCACAGAUGCAAAAUGAGCUUGAGUCCUUAAGAGAGACACUGGAUGCCAAUAAAGAGGAACAGAAAGCAGGACUGCAAGCCAAGGAUGCACUGGAGAAUCUUUGGAGAGGGAUUCAGAAUUUGACAACUCCUGGGGAGGCGGAGGUGGAAAUAUCCAUUCCUACUCACCCUGCACAGUUUUUAAAGGUGUUACCUGCUCUAGAAGCUCGGCUGAGCAACCUUACAGAUGAACAGCAAGAGAGUCAAGCAUGCAUGUCCCAAAUCACACUUACUCUGCAAUCUCUGCAAGGUCAACUGGAUAAGAGCACAGCUGAGAAAGAGAAAGCAGUUGCUAGGAUACAGGAACUGGAGCAACAACUUCUCACUGUCCAGGUUACUGGUGAGUCAUUACGUGAUCAUGUGACUGACCUGUCUGUGAGAGAUUUGGACAGGACACACCAGGAUAACAGUGGAGAUGCACAUAGAUCAGAAUACAAAUUUCAGUCUGAUCGGGUACUGUUUCUUGAGCUGCAGCUUGCAGACAGAGAAAAGGAACUCUUUGAUCUCAAAGAAAAACUGUCACUCACUACAGGCAAAACUAUUUCAGAGGAGGAACGUGCUGACAGCCAAAGCAGAGAGGACAUUGCUGGUUUGCACGACAAUUCUACAGCUCUAUCUGAGGUUCUUGAGGGCACACAAGAGGAAGAGACGACACUUGUGGCAGUUGACACAUCGGUUCUGUCUGUUUCUGCUGGCAAUGAGAGUAGCCCUGAGAUUAUAGCACCCCAGCCUGUGUCUCCUGGAGAAUCAAAGGGUACCUCCUCAGAUGAGAUGGUGACAAGCAGUGACUCAGAGGUGCCUCAUAGUAGCUGGACUCUUCUGGAGGCAGUCAACCAAGAUGGGACUAAAGAGUGGGCGCCCCAAAUUCAGGACUUUGCCUCAUUACGCUUAUCCACACAAUCUUGGGAAGAGACCUGCGAAGAGCAUGUAGCAUCAACUAGCUGCUUAGUUGAUAUUGAAUCACCAUCUUUAGUUAUCCGUGAAACUGUACAGAUACGUCUUGGUCAACAGGAGGGAAGCCUGCUAAAUACAGAUUCAAACACUGGUCAGGCUUUUGCACAGGUCUUAGCAGAAGAGAUUCAGAAAAGAUAUAGUGAACUUCUGGGAGAGCUUCAGCAGUUUAAAGACACAGCUUUACAAUCACAGGAGAGAGUCUUCCAGCUCGAGGAAGAACUUAGGUCUCUCACAGAUUCCAAAAAUGAGGUGCAGUGCAAGGCAGAUAUAUACAAGAAAGAGCUGAUCGAAGUUAAGGCAUUGUUUGAGCAAGAAAAAAUAGAUAGGCAAAAUGUUGCAGAGCAGUUUGAAAACUUGCAAGAAGAGGCUUUCUCUAAAGAUGAUAAGAUGAAAGCCUUACAGGAAAGCCUUGAUGAAGUCCAUCAAAGACUUUUUGAACAAGAAGGACAAGCUAGAAUGCUUGCUGCUCAACUAGAGGACAGAGAGCUCACUUCCUCCGAACUGGAACAGAAGCUUGUGGAUAUGGAGGGCAGAUUAGUCCAGAUUUCUCACGAGGCUGAUAUAGCAAAAGCUGCUCUCAUUGACCGGACUGCUGACCUGGAAGGUCUACAAAAGUGUCUCUCACAGAAAGACCAGGAGAUGAUGGAACUCAAUGAAAGCAUGACUGCCAAACUACUCCAGGCUGGUGAGGAAAGGUUUACAAUGUCCAGUGAAGUCAAAAAGCUAAAAGAGCAAAUACAUGAACUUGAGAUUGUCAGAGAUUACCAGCAGAAAAUCCUAGAGGAUAAAACAUCAGAAUGUGAGGAGCUUGUUGCCUUACGAAAGGAAAAUGAUGACUUGAAUACUCAAAUGGCUGCCUUAAAGAAAAAUGGAGAACAGGUCAAGAGAAAGCUGCAGGCAGCUCUGAUACAGCGGAAAGAAUUGAUAAAAAAAGUUGCAGACUUUGAGAAGGAGGCUGAGAUCAAGGAAGAAAAGGAAAGAGAUGGUACUGAGGAAAUAACUCUUCAGUUCAAAAAUGAAAUUAAGGAAAAAGAGAGAGAAAUCCAGAGACUUGAUGUUUUGUUGCAAGAGACCAGAGAUGACUUAAAUAUAAAAGAAGAGACCUUAACAAGUCUGAAACAAAAAAUCAGUAAGCAAGAUCAAGCAUUGACUGAGUCACGUGCAGAAAUAGAACAUUUGACUGAGCGGUAUGUACAACUAAAUGAGCAACAAAUGUCACAGAUGGCUGAAGACAGAAAUAGGCUUCUUUCACAGAUAGCGUCUAUGGAAUCUGACAUUGAAAUAUUGCAUAAAAAGCUUCAGGAAUCGACUGAUGCUAAUGAGGACACUGUUGUAAAAGCUCAAGAGAAUGAUCGCCAUCAUCUUGAACAGAUGAAACAACAGAAAGAGGAGUACAGUGACCUUUUUGAACGCCUCCAAACUGAAGAGAGAGAAAAAAAUGGGUUGUUGAAUCGUAUUGUGGAGCUUGAGGGGCUGCUAGAAUCAAAGAAUGAUACAGAUAAAGUUAACAGUGUGAAUGUGGAGGGGAAUGUUGGGUCUGCUACACAAAAUCUGGAGAAACCAAAGACAAAUGAUUGGGUGGAUUUUACUUCAGCUGAGACCAAGACACAACAACAUAAACCUGGUGAGCAAUCUCAACAGCCUGUGGUAAAAGAUCAUGAGGACAUUAUAAAUGGUCUCCAGGAGGAAUUAAGAGUUGAGCAAGCUGCUCGUGCAGAAUUGGAGGUGCGCCUACAAGAGAGCCAAUCCUCUCAAUCACUCACUGAUAGCAAAUUCAAAGAGCUUUGCAAAGAACUUGAAGUCUUGAGAGAAAAGGAGAGGCAGAUUGAUGCUCUCACUGAUGAAAUGGAGGCUAUUAGGGAGAAAUGUCAGAGAGCCGAAGCUAAUGCAGAGAAGCUGAAAGUGGAGGUGGAUGAGGCUUGGGAAGCAGCUAAAAGAAGCAUCUCAGAUGCUGAGUCCCCAGUCAAAGCACUUCAGUCAGAAGUGGAAGAAUUUAAACAGUUUCUUAAACAUAAGAAUGAUGAGAUUGUUGAUUUAAGCCAACAGCUUAGCGAACAAAGUUCACUUUUACUUAAGAUGCAGGAAACGGUACUGGAGAAAGAUCAGCUGAUUGCUUCCCUACAAGAAGGGCUUAAAGCAGAGCAAGAUAAGGUUAAAAAACUGGAAGCAGAAAUGCCACAACAUGAUGAAGAAGAGAAGGAUUAUAAUGCCAAACUCCAACAGCUUCAACGCAAACUGCAGGCUGCUCUUGUAUCACGUAAGGAGGCUCUCAAACAGAAACAGCUGUUAAAGGAGGAACAGACUGCUGCUGAGAAGAUCAAAUUAGAGCUACAACAGAAACUGGAGUUAAUAGAGGUGGAGCUGAACAAGUCAAGAGAAGAGAGGGAGAAAUUAAUUGAAGAGGUGGAUCGAACUUUGUUGGAAAACCAGAGUCUGCGUGCCUCAUGUGAGAGCCUUAAACUUGCCAUGGAGGGUGUUUUGAAUGAGAAGGAUGCAUGUAAACGUCAGGCUGAGAGUGCCAAAGAGGAAUCCGAUCAAGUGUGCAGACAGCUGGAAGAAAAGGUGCAAAGCAUGAAAGAAGAGUAUGAAUCCCUCCUCAAGUCAUAUGAAAAUGUAAGUGAUGAGGCUGAACGAGUGAGACGAGUGCUUGAAGCUGCUCGACAAGAGAGGCAGGAGUUAGCAGCCAAGGCACGAGCUCAUGAGGCAGCCAGACAUGAGGCUGAGAGGUUAGCUGAGGAAGCUAUGAAGGAGGUGGAUGUUGUGAAAGAAAAAAUGAGAAAGUUUGCCAAGGUUAAGCAUCAGAAGAUAAUGGAUCUGGAGGAGGAGAAUGAAAGGCUCAGGGAGCAAGAAGAGAAGAAAUUGACCAAACAUACAGAUACUGAGCUUAAACAAGAUCUUGAGAGUGUCAAACAAGAGCUCGAAACCUUGAAAACAAAUUAUAAUAUUGUUUUGGGUGAAAAGAACUUUUUGGAGCAUGAAGCUGAGGAGUUGAGACUGCGCUUGGCUGAGGACAUUGACAAAAAGGACAGUGAGAACCUGGACACAUGCUCUGUGGAAACCAUUAAGGAGGUUAAAAAUUUCACACAGCAGAGAAGUCCUGAUGUAAUUGAAAUUCAAGAGUACCAGAGUGAUAGUAUUGCCCUAGAGGCCAAUCCCACUGAGCCAUUGGAAUCCAUUGGUACUGCUCUUGAACAAAUGAUGCAAUCAAAUGUUGAGAUGACCGCUCAAACAGAGGAGAGGCUCAAGGAACUAGAAACCUCUCUCAAAACAGCAGAGAAUAAGAUAAGGGAACUUGAAGCUGCUCUUGAAGAUCACAUGGAAUCCAGAAACAAGCAAGAGUCAAUGCUCAAUGCAGAGAUUGCUUCCUUCAAGCAGCAACUUCAGGAGUCUUCAGAAAGAGAGGGGCUCCAGAAGGAAGAGCUCUAUAAGAAAGAGACCCAACUGCAAGAACUUCGCGCCAGCCUAGAGACUGAAAGAGAUGACCUGGAGGAGCAGUUAAUGAACCAGCUGGCUCAGCUCAAUGGAAGCAUUGCAGGCUACCAGCAAGAGGCAUCUGACAGUCGUGAUCGCCUCACAGACAUGCAGAGGGAAUUGGAGAAACUGGAGAGAGAGCGGGCUGAGCUGGAAGCUGAGGUGGCAAGUGAGAGGGACCGGGCAGCCAGGAUGGAAGAGGACAUGAGGCAGGCACAACGAGAGAGAGCAGAGGCAGAGUCUGAGGCAGGCAAACAAAGAGAGCUGGAGCAGAAGUUGAAGUCAGCACAGAGGUUUAAAGACGGUAGUCAAAACAGGACACGUCAGCUUGAGGAACUGCUAAGGGAGAAGCAAAUGGAAGUUCGUCAGUUACAGAAAGACUGCAUUGAGUACCAGGAAAGAAUAAGUGAACUGGGUAAAGAUGUUAAGUCAUUGACUUUAGGGAGAGUUGAGGUGAGUGCAGAACUUGAUGCAGCACGCUUGGAGAUUGUAAAGAUUAUGCAAGACAGAACAAGUAUUGCAUCUGAACUUUCGAUGUGUAAAGGGAAAUUGGACAUGGCGCUGGAAGAAGCAAAGCAGGCGCAAGCAGACAAAAUAGCUGCUGAAAAAAUGGUACAGCUCAAAGAAGCUGAGCUGAAGGCAGAUGCAGAGCGUACCUUGGAUGAAGUCAGGUAUCGCCUUGGAGCUGAGCUUAAACAGAUGGAAUUAAGACUGGAGAAGUCUUAUCGGGAGCGGGAGAGGGUGGAAGAAGCAACUCUUGAGGCAAGGAGUAUUAAUGAGGCCGCAGACAGGCAUUCCCAGGAAAUGCAAGCACGUCUGGAUGAAGCAUUGGCUCGGUUGGCAGCCUUUUCUCGCUCCAUGUCGUCCCUGCAGGAUGACCGUGAUCGAGUGCUGGAUGAGGCCAAGCAAUGGGAGAGUCGUUUUCAUAGUGAGCUACAAGAAAAGGAGGCUGAUGUUCGGGAGGCUGAGACCCGUGCUAAAGACCUUGCUGAGCGACUCCAGAGGGAGACCACCCAAAAAGAGGAGCUGCAGAGUUUAUUGGAAAGAAUGCAAAAGGAGGGAGAGAACCUACAGCUAGAGCUGUCUGAGGCAGAAAAGAAACAUAAUGAUAGCUUUGCAGCUCUUGAGAAAGAAAGAGGGGAUCUGCAGCAGAACCUCGCUCUAGUAGAGACCAACCUGACCCAGACUCGUUCCCAGCUGACUACCCUGGAGACAGAGGCAGAGGGACUACGGCACCGGACCAAAGCUUUAGAAGAAGCAGUAGACAAGCUUCAGAGUGAUGCUAAUGAGGCACGUGCAGUAAUCAAAGAAAGGGAGACAGAAGAAAGGAGACUAUGCUUGAGGCUGGAGCAACUGGAAACAGACCUGGCAUCUUCAAAGAACCUUACUGACACUCUUCAGGCAGCAUUGGAUGAGAAGGAGAAGAGGGAGAUGGAGCUCCUGGGUGAGAAAGAGCAAGCUGUGACACAGGCUGUAGAGGAGGCAAGGAAGGAUGCAGAUGUAAGGGCCGAGAUGGCAGAGAAAGAGCUGAAGAAGAAGAGAGAGGAGUUGCGUAGUUUAGAAGAAAGGCUUCGUAAGGCUGAGGAGGACACCUUCCAGAGCAGAGCUCAACUUGAGUCCUUUACCAAGGCUAUGGGCUCCCUGCAGGAUGACAGAGACAGAGUGCUCAGCCAAUAUAAGCAGCUAGAGGAAAGACAUCUUCAGGUUAUGAUGGACAAGGACAGUCUGAUCCAAGAGGCUGCAGGUGAAAACAAUGGUUUAAAGGAGGAGAUUCGAGCCUUGUUGUCACAGCGGGAUGACCUGAAUGCUGAGAAUGCCAAACUGGCUGCCCAACUUCAUGGCUACAGAAAUGACCUGAAACAGGUUCUUGCUAUGAAGGACUCCCAGCACAAGCAGAUUCUUGCUACCCAAGUAGAGCGCAUCAGUUUCCUGGAGGGAGAGAAAGAAGAACUCGAGAGCCAAAUUCAGGCUCUUGUAAAAGAUGUUGCACAAGGAAAGAUGCCUCCAUUGGAGCAGGAGAUCUUGAGCCAAGCUAGUGAAGGGAUUGUUAGAGCCGAUAAGCAAGAUGCACCGGGGGCCGAGGUAGAGAAGCUGAGGGAACAGCUCCAAGCUGCUAGAAAGCACAUAGCCACCUUGGAGGAGACCUUGGAAUUGGAGAAGGAGACCCAGGCAGUCCACAGCAAAGAGUUGAAGGAGCUGCGCUGGGAAGGUGGUGUUCUGCGCACUGAAGCUGAAACAGCCGAGGAAAGGGUUGCAGAGUUGGCGCGGGACCUGUUGAUGAUGGAGCAGCAGCUUCUGGAGGAGAGGGAAGCAGCCUCUCAGCUUCGAGCUCAGAAUCAGUCUUUUGGUCAAGCCAUGGCCUCUCUGCAGGAUGCAAGAGAUCAGGCUGUCAAUGAGGCCAAGGAGCUGCGUCUUCGUUUAUAUGAGGUAAACCAGACAGCUCACCCAGCUUCUCCUCCAAGUGGCUCCAAAGGAGAAGUGUGGAGCCUAAAAAAUGCCCUGUCAGCACUGCAAAAUGACAGAGAAAGAAUGUUGGAACAGCUGCACUUGCAGCGGUCUGAAUUGGAUCGACUUGGAUCAGGUGAACUAUCCAGGCUCACUCAGGCUCUGGUGGAUGAGAGAAGAAGGGCAGGGGAGCAAGAGGAAAAGAUCAUGGCAGAGAUGAGGCAUAGAGAUGCACAGAUGGACAGAUAUAAGCAAGAACUGGAAAUGCUCAGACUUGAGAGGAUGGACUGGCAGGGCCAGGCCGAGCUCCUGAAACAGCAGACCCUGACCACCCUCUCAGAAAGGGACCAACAGGUUCGCCAUCUUACUGCCAUGCUGGAGGAAGCACGGACAUCAAAAUUACGGCUUGAGCACACACAAAGACAGGGAAGCCAUGCAGUAGAUGCUGCCCCUGGUGGCCCUCUGGAGCACAACGAGGGCUAUAAAGCGGAGUGCAUUGAACUCCAGAGAAGGCUGGAUGAGGAGUCAGAACAGAGACUCAGAGUAGAGGAGCAGCUCAUCGCUGCACAGGAUCGCCUCAAACGCUAUACACAUGGGGAGUGGCAGACAGCAUCUGAAGCCAUGAUGUCAGAGACUGCUGUACUCAUUGAGCCUCCAGAGGGCGCCGUUACACGGACUCGUAGCGGUGGACCUGGACUACUGCGAAUGCUGCGAGUUGCCUUCUGCUCUCGUCAGCGAACGCCUCUGCUGGUGUCACUCUACCUGCUGACUGUUCACGUGCUGUUGCUGCUAUGCAUGGGAGGAUAUCUGUGAGAAAGAGAUUGAUCACGCUUUACUGAGAGAGAGACAGAUACAUGCUCAUUCACUUAUAAUACAAAACAAAUGAACACAUUAUUUAACACAGGGUUAAUUUACAUUCUUCUACGAGUAAGUUUCCUUGCGUAAUUACCAAAGCUACAUAUGAACUGUUUGUGAUUUUAUCAGAGCGUUCUGACAAAAAAAUAAUAAUUUCCACCCAGUUUUAAUGGGACUAGUAACACUAGAGCACUACACGCACUUCCUCAAGAACAUUAUUUCACCCUUUAAGAAAGCCCAAAUGAAUGAAGGAAUUUUUAAGCAUCUGGAAAUGUAGAUGAAGUUGACAGUGUCAGCAUCUGUCUAGCAGAGUCUUUCACAUUGUCUGUCAAAUGCAUAAAGGUGGACAACUCAUUUUGACCACAUUCCAGCUUCCUGCAGUUGGUUUUCUCUCCUGAUAUCUCUUUAUUUCUGCGGAGUCAUAGCGUUCAGAUGUAAUGUAACGUUGAAGCUGAUACAGAUACUGGAUGCGUCUGCAUGGCAAGACAUCAGAAGUCUUCUAGAAGUGUCCUAGUGUGCUGACUGUUUCCUUGCAUGGCAGAAUAGUUUGCCAGCUUGGUGCAAUACUGUCAUUUAUAUUUAUAUUUUAAUUGGUGUUUUUUCUGGUUUAUUUGUUUGUUUAGUUGGUGUUUAUUUUCUGUAACACACUACACAUCGUGUUCUUUACAUCUGGACUACUAAUGCUUUUAUCCACACUUAAAGAUGUAAAUGAAAUACCUUGAAUUUCUUCAGAUGUUUUGAUUCUUUUUCAGGUGUAAAAAGCUUCAUCAAAUCAUUCAAGUUCUGCUUGUUUCCAGUUUUCGGAGCCAGAACUGGACAUCCUAUUCUCACUUAACUACUGUCACUCUGGUCCGUUUGGGCUGUGUAGGGAUGGUUUAGAUUGUGGUUGAAAUCUUGUCUCUAUUACAGUGAGAUUUGAAGAACAGCCCAGUGAGUGUUUAAUCUGUAAAGUCUGUAUAAAAUGAUCCUUUCUCUCCCUCCUGCUACCCUGUUGUAGGGGCUAUUUUUUGGAAAUAAAGUCUAUUUAUGGGAAGACAUACA